GGCGGAGAGGCCUCGUUGGCCUUCUUUUCCCUCCAGGCCCAGGGACCGGGGCCUCGCGUGAGGGGCAGGCCGGAGGCGUGAGGGGUGGCUGGGCGGGGAGGGCCUCUCCUUUCCCCGCGGAAAUUCUCCUUCAAGGAAACUCCUAUUUAUGAUUGACAGGGCCGAAGAUGGACAGAACCUUUACUUUCCUUCUCCAGACUGAAUGGGGCUUCGGCCUGGACUUCCUCAAACAGGAACACUUACCGGCUUCAGCUGUGUAGCUGUUGGCUUUCGAAAUGGCUGUGUACGUGAACCAUCAAAUAGAAGCUCUUGAGUCCCACGGACCACAAUUCCACAUUGCGUGGCACCAUAUCCAGCCGUUUCUGGCCAUUGCGUCUGUUAAUUCAAAUUCUGGUGGCAGUGUGGGUAUUUUUCAAGAACAGGGCGAGUAUGCCUGUGAUGCCUACUUGGAAAGAAACUUUCGAGCCACGUGCCUCAACUGGCACCCAUCCAAACUCAUCCUGGCCGUGGGCUGCGAAAUGGGGGACGUGGUGGUGGUGAACAAGCAAGACAAGGAGCAUCACGCUGUCCCUUCCAACCACAAUGCUGAUAUCACAAUCCUAAACUGGAGCACGAAUGGAACCCGGCUAGUCUCCGGUGACAAACUCGGUGUCCUUGUUUUAUGGCGGAUGGACCAGCGAGGGAGAGUUCAAGGCCCCCCGCUCCUUAAGCAUGAAUAUGGGAAGCAUCUCAAUUGUUGCAUUUUCCGGCCACCACCUCCUGGCGAGGACCUGGUGCAGUUGGCAAAAGCGGCGGUGAGUGGGGACGAGAAGGCCUUGGACAUGUUCAACUGGAGAAAAGCUGGGAUGGGGAUGUCUCUGAAGAUGGGACCCCAGGAAGGGCUGUCCUUCUUUAUCAGCACGACCGAUGGGACUGUGCAUUAUGUGAACGAAAGAGGGAAAACCAGCCAGGCAUUGACUACAGAGAGUCCAGUUCAAAAACUACUGUUUAUGGAAAAUGAUGUCUUGGUGGUCAUAACAGAGACACUCCUUUUAUCGCUUCAUAAAAUUUCUCUUGAAGGAGAAAUAGAGGAACUCUUGAAGGUAAAGCUGAGUGGGAAGAUUGGUCACCCUGCUGAUAUUAUUUUGACUGACCAUAGCCUUCUUAUCACUGCAACAGGGGAACCGGUUGUGAGAUUCUGGGACUUGGAGCGAGGUGAGAACUAUGUGGUGUCUCUGGAUGAGCAGUUUGGAUUUGAAAUAGGAGAAUGUGUCAACUGUAUUUCCUAUUGCAGUGCUAAAGGUCUUCUGUCGGGUGGCACAGAUAAAGGGAGAAUCGCCAUGUGGAGGAAGACAUCCCUCUCCAGCCAAAACGCCUGGUCAAUGGAAGGGAAGGACAGGUGGAAGCUCCAGGCACCCACAGAGCUGGAAGGGAACAUCAUUCAAAUACAGUGGGGAUCGAAGAAAAACUUGUUAGCUGUGAACACAACCAACUCUGUGCAAAUCCUUAGUGAGCAGGCCAUGUGUUCGCAUUUCCACCAGCAAGUGGCAGUGGUGCAGGUUUCUCCAAACUUGUUCAGCGUGACUUCCUAUAGCGACAAGAUGACCGAGAAUCUCCGUCUCGACAUGCGGGUGAACGGGGUCUUUGCCGCUAAGGACGCUGUAGUAUUUUGGAAUGGGAAGCAAGUUGUUGUCUUCGAACUCUCAGGUGGCACUUUACGAAAUACAGGUUCUUUCAGCUGUGAUUCUCCGGUGCUGGCGAUGCAUGAAGAAAACCUUUACACCGUUGAGCCAAAUCGGGUCCAAGUUCGCACCUGGCAAGGCACCGUGAAGCAGCUGCUCGUGUUCUCCGAAUCAGAAGGAAACCCAUGCCUCCUUGAUGUCUGUGGGAACUUCCUGACCGUGGGAACAGACUUGGCAAACUUCAAAAUAUUUGAUCUUUCCCGCAGAGAGGCGAAAGUCCACUGCGGCAACAAGGCUCUGGCCGAUCUGCUUCCGGGCACCGGUGGGAUUGCAUCGGUCAAGUGCAAUGCGAGUGGAAACAAAGUGAGCAUUCUCAUCAACAAGGCCGAUGGGAGUCUUGAUUCCAAGAUCUGUUUCUAUGACAUUGAAAUGGACACGGUCACCUUGUUUGAUUUCCAGUCUGGACAACAGAAGGACGGACGGGAAAUUUCCUCCUUUGGGCAGGAAGCUGAAGGGAGAAAAAUCUCCGACCUUCCCGACCUGUGUGAUCACAUCCCUGUGAGUCACUUCUGGGAUCAGAACGAGCCCAGGCUUUUCAUCUGCGAAACUGCCCUUGACCCAAACCAGCAGUCCCUGGACAAGAAACAACCACCCACAGAAAGCCCGGUGGAUGCUUUGAUUAUAUGCUUCUUCAUUACGGAAGAGCACGGCCUUUUGCUGCAGGACAGCUUUCCUCUGCCAUCAUCCUACCAGUCUCUCCUGGGCAUGGAGGUCCCGCAUUACUAUUUCUCGAGAAAGUUAUUGUUUUGGAGGGGAUCUCUCUAUAAACCUUACCCGGAAGCAGAGAAGAAAGAUGCGAUGGAGCCGGGCGUGAUAUCGCUCUACCAGAUGGUCACCAGAAAACCGAUGCGCGACUUCAUGGGCCUGGAAGACUGCGACAAAAGUACGCUCGAUGCCGUGCUUAACUUCAGCCUGUAUCUGACCAUUGGGGAUAUGGACGAGGCCUUUAAAUCCAUCAAACUUAUAAAAAGCGAGGCGGUUUGGGAGAACAUGGCCCGCAUGUGUGUGAAGACCCAGCGGCUGGAUGUGGCCCGCGUCUGCCUGGGGAACAUGGGACAUGCGCAGGGAGCCAAGGCCCUGCGGGAGGCGGAGCAAGAGCCGGAGCAGGAGGCCCGGGUGGCCAUGCUGGCCAUCCAGCUGGGCAUGCUGGAAGACGCGGAGCGACUGUACAAGCAGUGCAAGCGCUUUGACCUCCUGAACAAGUUCUACCAGGCCUCCAACCAGUGGCCGAAAGCCAUGGAAGUGGCCGAGGCGCAUGACCGCGUCCACCUGCGCACCACCUACUACAAUUACGCCAAGCACUUGGAAGCCACCGCUGACCUCGGCCUGGCACUCACCUACUACGAAAAGUCAGACACACACAAAUUUGAGGUCCCGCGGAUGCUUUCUGAAGAUUUACAGGCCUUGGAGUCUUACGUCAACAAGAUGAAAGAUAAGGGCUUGUGGAAGUGGUGGGCGCAGUACCUGGAAGGUCAGGCCGACAUGGAAGCGGCUCUGAAAUAUUACGAACUGGCGCAGGACUACUUCUCCAUGGUCCGGAUUCACUGUUUCCUGGGCAACAUCCAGAAGGCGGCCGAUAUUGCAAAUGUGACGGGGAACUGGGCCGCCUCCUACCACGUCGCCCGCCAGUACGAGAGCAACGACGACAUCAAACAAGCCGUGCACUUCUAUACCCGGGCCCAGGCUUUCAACAACGCCAUCCGACUGUGCAAGGAAAACAAUCUGGACGACCAGCUGAUGAAUCUGGCUCUUCUGAGUUCUCCCGAAGACAUGAUUGAAGCCGCCCGUUACUACGAAGGAGGCGGGGAGCAGAUGGACAGGGCGGUCAUGCUCUACCACAAGGCCGGGCACCUGUCCAAGGCGCUGGAGCUGGCCUUCACCACGGAGCAGUUUGCCGCCCUGCAGCUCAUUGCCGAGGAUCUGGAUGAGAAGUCCGACCCGGCCCUCCUGGCCCGCUGCUCCGACUUCUUCAUUGAACACGGACAGCACGAGAAGGCCGUGGAGCUCCUGCUGGCGGCAAAAAAGUACCAGGACGCUCUGCAGCUUUGCCUGGAACAGAACCUGACCAUCACGGAGGAAAUGGCUGAAAAAAUGACCAUCUCGAAGGAUUCCAAGGAGAUCCCCGAAGAUUCCCGGCGGGCGCUCUUGGAGCAGAUUGCCGACUGCUGUAUGCGGCAGGGCAACUACCACAUGGCCACCAAGAAGUACACCCAGGCAGGAAACAAGCUGAAAGCCAUGAGAGCCCUGCUGAAAUCGGGCGACACGGAAAAAAUCGUGUUCUUUGCGGGCGUCUCCCGGCAGCGGGAGAUUUACAUCAUGGCUGCCAACUACCUCCAGUCGCUGGACUGGCGCAAGGACCCGGAGAUCAUGAGGAACAUCAUCAGCUUCUACACCAAAGGCCGGGCUCUGGACCUCCUGGCCGGCUUCUACGACGCCUGCGCCCAGGUGGAGGUGGACGAGUACCAGAACUACGAGAAGGCGCUGGGGGCGCUGACGGAGGCCUACAAGUGCCUCUCGAAGGCCAAGGCCCGCAGCCCCGUCGAGCAGGAGAGCAAGCUGGCGCUCCUCCACAGCAAGAUGGCCCUGGUCAAGAAGUUCAUCCAGGCCCGGAGGCUUUACUCGGAAGACCCCAGGGAGGCCGCGAGGCAGUGCGAGCUUCUCUUGGAGGAACCGGAGCUCGACAGCGCCAUCCGCCUGGGCGACAUCCUGGGCUUCCUGGUGGAGCAUCACCUGCAGGCACAAGAAUUUCAGGCGGUGAGUGGUAUGUUUGCCGUGUGCUCCCUGCAGCACCCAGACCAGCCUCGCUCACAUGGCUCUGGGCAACGUCAGACCAUUGUUUGUUUAUUUAUAUAUUUGCAGUAUUUAUAUUCCGCCCUUCUUUCUCACCCCGAAGGGGACUCAGGGCGGAUCACAAUGUACACAUACAUGGCAAACAUUCAAUGCCAUAGACAUACGACACACAGAGUCAGACACAGAGGCCAUUUAACAUUUUACAGCUUCUGGCUUCUAUGCUCAAUUCCGGCCACAUGGGGAGGUUGCUGCUUCAUCCACUUGUGACACGGAGUCCUUGAUGGUAGUACUUCCUCAUUCCUUUCUGCACGCUACUGGAAGUUUUUAUGGGGACGUAAAUUAGUUAAAUUAGCCUCCCUGCAUAAGGUAAGGUAAAGGUAAAGGUUUUCCCCUGACGUUAAGUCCAGUCAUGAGUUGGUGCUCAUCUCCCUUUCCAAGCUGAAGAGCCUGCAUUGUCCGCAGACACCUCCAAGGUCAUGUGGCCACUGCCAUGACUGCAUGGAGUGACGUUACCUUCCCGCCAGAGCAGUACCUAUUGAUCUACUCACAUUGGCAUGUUUUCGAACUGCUAGGUUGGCAGGAGCUGGGGCUAACAGCGGGCGCUCAUUCCGCUCCCAGGAUUUGAACCUGGGACCUUUCGGUCUGCAAGUUCAGCAGCUCAGUGCUUUAACACACUGCGCUACCACCACCCUGCAUAAGCGGUCCCUAAAUAUCCUACUUGACAGAUGCAACUGUCUUUCGGGCUGCUUGGGUCAACAACGAGCUGGGGCUAUUUCUUUAAAAACAAAAGUCCAGCGACAGGGGAAAAAACAGCUUGGGGUGCAUCUGUGCCGUCGAACGAACCCACUUUAAUUGCCUUGUUCAAUGCUAUGGAUUAACAAGUCCCUCAGCUGUCACUGUUUCUUCAAGUGGUAGUCUGUGAAAUGUGCACACAUGGGUUAUUUUUUGUGCUGCGCAGAGGAUCACCCAUAUGUGCCAUUUCACAGACUCCACGAAGAAGAAGAACGAGUAGCUUUCCUGUAACUGUGCUUCUUUGAGUGGAAGCCUGUGAAAUGUGAACAUAUGGAUUAUUUUCGGCACAAUAACCCAUAUAUGCGAUUUCACAGACUCCACGAAGAAGAAUGCUAUGGGGCUGUCGUUUGUUUAUUUCCAGUAUUUCUAUUCCGUCCUUCUUUCUCACUCCGAAGGGGACUCAGGGCGGAUCACAAUACACAUAGACAUGGCAAACAUUCAGUUCCAUUAGACCAGGGGUCCUCAAACCUUUUAAGUGGGGGGCCCGUUCACAGUCUCUCAGACUAGGAUGAAAUAGUGCAAAAUAAGGAUUGUUGUUGUUGUUGUUUAUUUAUUUAUUUAUUUAUUUGCUACAUUUAUAUCCCGCCCUUCUCACCCCGAAGGGGACUCAGAGCGGCUUACAAAUUAAAUUUACAUACAAUAUUAUAUUAGUAUAGUACAAUACUGGUAAC